ACCCCUUAACUCUAAACCCUAAGGUUUGGAUUAAUUAACCCGGUAUAAAUGUAUAUUUACCUCUUUAAUGAAAUCUAUUUUUGUGACUUUGAACCUUGAGUGCUAGUUUGGGAACAAAAACUUAGUUUAGUGCUAUCCUAGUCUUUUUCUCUGGUUAAAAAGUAUAAAUUAAUAUUUGACAGAUUUAUAGCACAACAGGUUAAGAUUUUUAUUAUUAUUUUAAGUAAAAUAUUUCAAAUAGAACAAUUUGAUAAUAUAUUAAGGUAAUGAAAAAUUCAAAAUUCAUAUAAAUAAACGUUCCUAUUAAUAUCAUAAAUAUAUAUUUAGUAUAUACAUAAAAUUAAACAAUAUUUUAAAUAUAACUUUAAUGCUACCCGUUGUUCUCUUUAUAUAAACAUUAUAACUUUAAGGCUACCCGUUGUUCUCUUUAUAAAAACUUUUUGGAGUUUUUUUGUAAUUUUACUGCAUCAAAUUUUUUUUAAAAUAUACAAUUUUUUUCAGUGUGAUAUUUAUUUUUGUACAUUUACAUUUAAUUAUUAUUAUAACAUUAUUUUCAACUUCAUUAUUAUUAUUAAUAAUAAUAAUAACUUCCACAUUGUAUUAUUUUCAAUAAAAUACGUUUUAUUGAAAUAACAAAUAGUACUAAUCAUGACAUUACAAUAAUUAAUUUCGUUUACAUAAGUGGAUUCAUUCUGAAUUCAUUGAUAUUGCAUAUCCUUCAAUGAAUUUUGCAUUGUGAAAGCAAUUAGCUAUUUUAAGUGUAAAAAUUAAAAUUUAAAGGGGUUUUAAAAUAAAUAUUUUUAAAUUAGUAGUUAUUAAUUGAUCUAUAGAUUAGUUAAAUUUUAAAAGCCGGCAUUAUGGUAGUAGGAUUCUGCAAUGGAACAAUACCUUUCAUAAACCUGUACAAAAAGUUGUUAUCUAAAGAAAUCCGCCACUAUACAAGAAUUAUUUUACUCAUAAAUUUUUCUUACGUUUUGUAUAUAUCACUUUCAGAGAAAUAAUAUAAUAGCCUGAAACCACAUUUAAGAAUAAUAUAAGGUCACAUUAUUCUCGAAGUUAGGCUUAUGUACAUUUAUUUAAGUAAAUAUGUUUAGACUAUUUUCUUGAGAAAUCCAUAGCUUAAAACAUUUUAUCACCACAAAAAAUAAUGGUUCACUAUCAUAAAUGUAUCAAUUAUCAAUAACUUGCUUCAUUUCUUGGAGAUAACUCUUAGUUUAUUGUGAUGUUAAGUUGUUAACAUAUUUUCUUAGUAUUAAUGAAGGGCAAACCGUUCAAAAGAAGAAUAUAUUAAUUAGUUAUCAUGCAGUUUAUGAAAACUUUAGAACAGUAAAAAAGUAGGUUCUCAAAACUUAUAGGUUCACGAUCAUAUAUAGUAGUUUAUCCCACGUGAGACGAAUUGUCCAUUAGAAGCUUAUGAUAUCUAAUGUAAAAUGACGUAUCUAAAAUAUCACAUGGAAGGGUACAUAUAAAUCUUAGUUUAUCAAAUACGUUAUUUAUAUAUACUACUAACUCUUUCAUAUGAAGUACACAAAAAUAAUUUUAAGAAAUGCUUUAAAACCCUAAUUCGUCUCUAUAAAUACCAAAACCAACUUAACACAAUCACAUAGAAACCUUUCAUUUGCAAAUCUUUCUUCCUCACCAUCAUCUUGUAUGUUAUAAGUGAUGACAACCAGAAUCAAUGUCUUGUUUAGCUUCCUAUUUAUAACGAUAUUUCUCAAUAUUUUCAGCAUAAACCAAGCAAGACAACAUAAAAACCCUAGUUCUUCUUCUUCUUCUUCUUCAUCAUUACCAUCGUCAUCAUCAUCAUCACCAUCUUCCUUUCUUGUUCUUGCCUUGACCAAAUCAAGUGUUUCUCUUCCCACACCAAAUUCUCAAAUCCAAGAAAGGAUCAAGAAGCCUUUAGAAUCAUCAAUAGGUGCUGUAAUGGAGCCGUUGAGAGAAGUGAGAGAUGGUUAUUUGAUAACCUUAAACAUCGGAACACCUCCACAAUCAGUCCAAGUGUACAUGGACACAGGAAGUGAUCUCACUUGGGUCCCAUGUGGGAAUCUAAGUUUUGAUUGCAUAGAUUGUUACGAUUUCAAGAACAACAAUCUAAAAUCAUCGUCAACCUUCUCUCCUCUUCACUCAUCCUCAUCUUUUAGAGCCUCUUGUGCUAGUUCUUAUUGCGUUGAGAUUCAUAGUUCAGACAAUGCUUUUGACCCUUGUGCAAUAGCUGGCUGCUCUGUGGGUAUGCUUCUCAAGUCCACUUGCUUAAGGCCGUGUCCCACCUUUGCUUAUACGUAUGGUGAAGGUGGUCUUGUCUCUGGGAUACUAACCAGAGAUAUAUUGAAGACUCAAACCAGGGAAGUACCAAGAUUUUCCUUUGGGUGCGUUGCAUCCACUUACCACGAACCUAUAGGCAUUGCCGGAUUUGGAAGAGGUUUGCUUUCUCUCCCAUCGCAGUUAGGGUUUGUACAAAAGGGAUUUUCUCAUUGUUUCUUGCCUUUCAAGUUUGUCAAUAACCCUAAUAUCUCAAGCCCUUUGAUCUUAGGAGACUCUCUUUUAUCCGGCAAUCUCACAAACUCUUUGCAGUUUACCCCCAUGUUGAAUACUCCAAUGUACCCUAACAGCUACUACCUCGGCUUAGAGUCCAUUACAAUAGGUACAAAUGUCACCGCUACACAAGUUCCCUUAACGUUGAAACAGUUUGAUUCACAAGGAAAUGGAGGAAUGUUGAUUGAUUCGGGUACAACUUACACACAUUUACCCGAUCCCUUGUACUCACAAAUUCUCACAAGUCUCCAGUCAACGAUCACGUAUCCUAGAGCAACGGAAACAGAAUCAAGAACAGGCUUUGAUCUAUGCUACAAAGUGCCAUGUCCUAAUAACAAUCUCACUAGUCUCGAAAACGAUGCAACGAUGAUGUUUCCUUCGAUCACUUUCCAUUUCUUGAACAAUGCAGCCUUAAUUCUUCCACAAGGCAACUCGUUUUACGCAAUGAGCGCACCUAGCGACGGUUCGGUUGUGAAAUGCUUGUUGUUUCGGAACAUGGAAGAUGGAGACUACGGUCCGGCCGGGGUUUUUGGGAGCUUUCAACAGCAGAAUGUGAAGGUUGUUUAUGAUUUGGAGAAAGAAAGAAUAGGGUUUCAAGUUAUGGAUUGUGUCACAGAAGCUGUUUCACAUGGACUUUCCAAGGUUCGUGAACAACAACAAAAAUCAUCAAUCUUUUGAUGAGUUGUUUUUCGAGUUUUUUUUCUCUGUUUGUUAUAUGUUAUGUUAUGUCUGUUUGUGUUUGUUGGGUUAUUUUCUUUUGAUUAAGUUAUGUUUUGACUUUAUAAUUAAGAGCCCUUUUUGGAAUUAAUGAUUAGGGUUUUUUGAGCUGGAGACCUUAACCAAAUAUAGAGAAUGAGUUGGGACUUUUUCUUGUUUUAGUAAUUGAAUGAGUUGGAACUUAUAAUUAAGGAACAUGUCGUCGUGGAAUACGAGGUGUAUUAUACAUCGAAAUGUAUUAUAUAAGAGGACAAAGCUACAUGAUCUGUUAACGCAUGAGAUGUAUAUGUGCACAUACAUAUACCAAUAAUGAUUAUAUAAUGUGUCAAACAUAUAACUAAUAUUUGGGGGAAAACAUAUAAACUAAUGAGGAUUGGUGUGCUUGAAAAGAAAAUCUUUUUUAUUUCAGCGUUUUCAAUUACACCAAUUUUCAAUUUGUACCUACGUCACCUUUUAUUAAUUUCUCUAUGAAUUGUGUCAAUAUAAAAUUAAAAUUAAAAUAAAAUGAUAAGUUCUUAAGCUAUCUUACAUCUAACCUGCGAUUUAUGAUUUAUGUCACUCAAACUUUAACUACUCAUAGACAUUUCAUUAAAAUUAAUUUAGUAUUUACUUACAUAUAAAACUAUUUAAUAUAAUACACCAUCCCACAUUUUAUUUUAUAUAUUCUAUUUUUAAAUAAUACAAUCUUAUAAAAUCUUUUCAUUUUUAUAAUUAAUUAAAUUUGUAAUUAUUAUUAAAAAUGUACAUAAAUAUUAACUCAAUUUUAGUUUGAAAAUGAAAAUGAAAAUUAUCUUAGUAUAUAGUUAAAACCAACAAUAUAUUUUAUUAAAACAAAAAGGAAAAUAUCCUAAGAUAACACUAAGGGUAUGAAUGGUGACCAGGGAACGGCAAAAAAUAAUGCAUUCCCUAACGUUCAUGAAAAAAAUCACCAUUCACAAGGAAUAAUAAUUUCCUCUCAUUCCCUUUCAUUUUUUUUUGUAGAGAAUUAAAUAACAAAAGUAUUCCUCGUUAAAAGUGAUAAGGAACAACCAUUCCUUUUCAUUCCUGCUAUUUUAUUCCCGAACAUUCCUUUUUAAUCUGUUCCUCUUGUUUCUCAAAUGGUCACCAGUCAGACCCUAAAAAAAUUUAUGUCACAAACAUAGACUAUAAAGAUCAAAAUGACCAAAAUAUUUCAUUAAAAGAGGUAAAUAUACACUUAUACCCUUAAUGUUAACUAAUACAAACCUUAGAGUUUAGAGUUAAGGGGUGUGAUUUUGGAUUGAGAUUUAAAAUUUUAUAAAAUAAAAUAAAAUAUAAAUAUUAAAAAUUUAAAAAUAAAAUUUUAAAAAAUAGUUUCAAAAAGUAUUUUCGAAUUACCAAAAAAAAAUGAAAAACAAGUGAAAAUAUUUUUCGAAAAAAAUUAAACAAAAAUUAUAAAAAAGUUUGAAUUUGAAAACAUAUAACCUAAACUAUAAAAACAAUUUUUUUUUUAUUUUUUUUUUAUAUAUAUCUAGGGUAUUAGGAUCCUUUUACCUAUUAAAUUAAAUAUUUUUGUCAUUUUCCUCUUUGUAGUCUAUUUUUGUGAUCAAAACUUGAAAAUUGUCUAUUUAGGAGAAUUACCCAACAAAUAAUGAUAUAAAACAAACCUUACCCCUGAACAUUGUAAAAAAAAAAUUGAGUUAUUUUGUAAAAAGAUGGUUAAUUAAUUUCAUACAAAUGUAAAUUAAGAAAAUUAUUUUUAAUACAUAAUGCAAUAAGCGCAAAACUAAAAUAUAAAGUGAUCAGUUUCCUUAAACAACCUUCAAUUCUAACUAUGUUUUUUCCAUUGUUAUAACAACACAAAAAAUAUUUUUCAUUUAAUUUUUAAUUUGUUGAUAUUAACGGAACAAAUAUAUGUGAACUACCGACUCUAACUUUACUAUUAAUUUAAAGGGGUGUUAUUGGAUAGUUAAUUUGACAUUAAUUAUGCGCUCUUGGUAUAUGAUUGAUCUCUGCGUUGAUAAAACUUUCUUUCAGGGUUUUAAUAUCUUCCAAGUAAGUUGUAAAAGCUGGUCAUUUUUUCGAUUCCCAAAACCAUCUUCACCAAUUGAAAACAGUUUGUUGAAGAGGUGAGAGACUAGCCCGGACAAACUGUUUUCAAUUGGUUCAAUUACCCAUAUAAGUGUUUCCACCUCCGAAUGAAGAGGUGAGAGACUAGCCCGGACGUUUCCUACCCCCAUCAAACCAGCAAAACCUUCUAAUGUACUAUACCAGCCUUGUCCCAAAAUUUUUUUAUUGAUUUUGCAAGAUCCAUCUGUAAAGCACCAUCUCCCUGAAAUCACUGGAAAAUUCAUCACCUAUACUUGUUGUGCUUCUUUUUGUGUAUGUAAUACUUGCGCCUCGGCCCAAAUGAUUGAUUUUGUUUCGGCUAUUUUUAGUGUUUCCAUGGGUCAAUAUCCAAAUUACUAAAAACUUUGUCGUGGAGAAACUCUCCAAAAAAGAUGAUUCAUAUUUGUGAAUAGAGAACUAGUGGGAAAUAUAACUGGGUUUGAUGGUAUAUUUAAGAGCACACAAACCUGGUGUACUGGAAGACAUUCAAAAAAUACAUGGUUUAUUGAUUCCUCUGAGGCUCCACAUCUGACACAGCAUAAGUUCCUUUGCAUCCCUCUUGCUCGCAGAUUUUUCCUGACUGCUAUACAAUCUGAUACCAGUUGCCAUAAAAAAUGUUUUAACUUCAGUGGACACUGUAUUUUCUAGCAAAACGCUUUCAGUAGAUCAACCGUGGAUCCAAACACAACUGGUGGUUUUUCCCAAUCCGGAUGUACCCGUUCGACUUGGUAUCCUGAUUUAACUCUAUAUUUUCCAUUAUUAGUGAAAUGCUAACCAUCCCUGUGUGCCAUGUGUGUCAUGCUAAGUGGUAUACUUUCUAUUAUUUUUACAUCGUGGGGAUCCGCCAAAACCUGAAUUGCCUGUGAGUUCCAAGUUCGCGAAUCUGAGUGGAUAAGAGAGUCCACUAUAAGGUCCGGGUAAAAGUUAUGUUGGUUUUUAUUUGCUGGUCUCGGGCGAGUGGUUGUGAGCCAUAGGUCAUUCCAUACGAAUAUAGAUGAUCAUGAUCCCACCCUUUUAAUUAGUCAUUUGCUAACCAGAGAUCUAUAAGAAACCAUACUCCACCAGCCAUACAAUAGGGAAUAUGAUCGGAUUGGUUCCAGAGGUGAAGCCUUCUUGAAGUACCUUUCUUUGAAAACUCCAGAGAAUAAAUUAUUUGAGUUCUCAAUCAGACGCCAAAAUUGUUUACCAAGCAUCACCGUGUUAAAAUCAAUGAGAUCUUUAGAGCCCAAACCUCCUUCAUCCUUGUUUAUACAUAAUUUGUCCCAUGAUUUCCAGUGCAUGAUGUUUGCGCUUCCUCCUGGACUCUACCAAAAUUUUGUCACCACACUCGUCAGUUUCUUUGUGAUUGUCUUUGGUAAUCGAUAGCAAGACAUCACAUGAUUUGGUAAAGCGGUCACUACUGAUUUGAUGAUCACUUCCUUUUCCUUUUUAGUAAAAAACUUAAAAGUCCAACCAUUCACCAUGUUAUUUAAACGUUCCUGAACAAAGCCAAACAGAUGUAUCUUCGAUCCCCCAAAACUCUCUGGUAGUCCCAAGUAAGAUCUUAUCCCCCUUAGGUUCUGAAUUCCUAGGAUAUCCCACAGUUCUUGUCAUCUCGAGUCAUCUAUCUUAUGGCCAAACUGAAUCGAUGAUUUCUGAAAGUUUAUUAGUUGACCCGAAACUACCUCGUACUCCUUUAAAAUCCU